UUACGACACAUGGAUUCAAUGAACUCCCAAAGCAUUACCAAGCCACCAUUCUUCAAUGGGGAUAACUAUGGCUAUUGGAAAAUGCGAAUGGAGAAUUUCAUUCAAUCUAUUGACUAUGAUUUAUGGAUAGUCACUACUCAUGGUCCGUUUGUUCCUAUGACAACUGUAGGUGAACACCAAGUUCCUACUCCAAUGGACAAACUCACCACCGAAGACAAGAAAAAACUCUCCUUGAAUGCCAAAGCACUAAACGUGUUGUUUUGUGCCUUGGGUCAAGAUGAGUUCGCUAGGGUGAGUUCCUGCAAAUCCGCAAAGGAAGCAUGGAAGCUCUUAGAAGCCUCCCACGAAGGAGAUAAAGACACAAAAGCUACCAAGAUAGCUUUAGGAACAUCCGAGUAUGAAAACUUCAAGAUGAAGGCCGGAGAAUCCGUUCAAGAUAUGAACAAACGAUUCAACCUCAUUGUCAACAAUUUGAGUACGCUAAAUAAAGUUUAUCCUACUAGUGAGAUUAACACCAAGAUUAUAUUCUCUCUUCCUAGAGAGUGGCAUAGUCUUGUUGUAAAUUUGUUGCCCAAAUGUGCGGAUGUUGAAACCUCCACCAUUUGGAGCAGCCUAUACUCUCACGAACUUCUAUUGAAGAAAAUGAAGGAAGAAGAACAGGUUCCUAUCAUCAAGAAGACCAUGGCACUAAAAAUUGAUGACUAUCUGGAAAGCGAAGGAGAAAGUGAUGAGGAGCUUGCCAUGUUCAAAAGAUACAAGAUGUUUAUGAAAUGGAACAAGGGCGAAUCCUCAAAAAGAUUUCCAUCAAAGAAAGGUAAACCUAAUCAAAUAACUUGCUAUGAAUGUGGAAAUGUAGGUCAUAUCAAACCAGAGUGCCCAAAGCUCAAAAAGAAGGAAGAACUUAAAAAGGGGAAGAAGAAGGCAUUAAAAGUCACUGGGGACGAUUUAAACUCCGACGAAAGUGAUAGUAACCAAAGCCAAGAAGAGAACGCAAAUGCUUGCUUCAUGGCCUCCAAUGAUGAAGAAGAG